AUGCCGGCAGAGGCAGACAAAAGCGGCCAGCCAUAUAAAGAUUACAUGGAUUUUUCUAGCGUAUACCGUCGAGUACCUAUUGGUAAAGACUUAAUGUACCUCAGAUGCAAGCUUGCUGACUGUCAAUCAUGCGGAAAACGCUGCGUCAGAGAUAUGACUAUAGUAGAGGAGCUGCAGCCGGCGCAGGUCAGCAGCCGAGGCAUGGAACUUUCCACGCUGCGGGGAAAGAACUCCAACCUCCCAAAGAAGUCAACCCCCACAGAACUCCAACCUCCCACAGAACUCAACCCCCACAGAACUCCAACCUCCCAAAGAAAACUCCAACCUCCCACAGAACUCAACCCCCACAGAACUCUAACUUCCCACAGAACUCUAACCUCCCACAGAACUCCAACCUCCCACAGAACUCAACCCCCACAGAACUCCAACCUUCCACAGAACUCCAACCUCCCACAGAACUCUAACCUCCCACAGAACACCAUCCCCACAGAACUCCAACCUCCCACAGAACUCAACCCCCACAGAACUCUAACCUCCUACAGAACUCAACCCCCACAGAACUCUAACCUCCCACAGAACACCAUCCCCUCCACAGAACUCCAACCUCCCACAGAACUCAACCCCCACAGAACUCCAACCUCCCACAGAACUCAACCCCCACAGAACUCCAACCUCCCACAGAACUCAACCCCACAGAACUCUAACCUCCCACAGAACUCAACCCCCACAGAACUCCAACCUCCCACAGAACACCAUCCCAUCCACAGAACUCCAACCUCCCACAGAACUCUAACCUCCCACAGAACUCAACCCCCACAGAACUCUAACCUCCCACAGAACACCAUCCCCUCCACAGAACUCCAACCUCCUACAGAACUCAACCUCCCACAGAACUCUACCUCCCACAGAACUCUAACCUCCCACAGAACUCAACCUCCCACAGAACUCUACCUCCCACAGAACUCUACCCCCACAGAACUAUAA